AAAGAUCCUUACAUGAAGUAGGAGGUAGUAGUGGGUUUCUAUCCACCGUUAAUGCUGAAUUAUCAGGUAAAAAUUCAAUUAUAAUUUCUCGAUUUGAGAAAACUGUGGGUAGCCUUGUAUUAUGACUACCCUUGAUGAUCGACUGUUGGGCGAGAAGAGGCAAAACUAUGUUUCCAGCUCAGAGAGUGAAGGCGAGGAGGAAGAACCGGCUGCUGCUAGUGUUGACAAUGCGGGGUCGCUGCCGCCAAAUAUGCGAUUACAGACUCCAAAGACAGGGCCCAAAGGUGUGAUCCAAGACUUUAGGCGAUACAAGCAACUGGAGACAGAGCAUAAAAAAGAACAGGAGGAGGAACUCAAGGCUUUAGCAAAGAAAUUCUCUCUAAGCUGCCAAACUAGUCUGGAGGAUGAACAGGAGAAGCAGCUGAUGAAGGAACUAGAAAUUGAGGAGGAUGAGUUUUUGAAGCAAUACCAUUUGAAACGACUGCUACAAAUGAAAGAUGAACAGCAGCAGAAAAUAGCUAUGCAAAGGCAUAGAUUUGGAAAAGUGAUUGACAUAACAAGCCAAGAUGAAUUUCUUGCGGCUAUAGAUAAGGAGCCUCUUCAUGUGGUAAUAGUUAUCCAUCUGUAUGAUCAGACUUCAAGCUGCGUUUGCAUGAAUGAAUGCUUAAAUAUUCUAGCACAGCAGUUCCCAAUGGUCAAAUUCUGCCGUGUAGAAGCUGACAAGACAGGCAUCAGCAAAACCUUUAGGAAGAAUGGUUUACCGGCACUUCUCGCCUACAAGGCCACUCAUAUGAUCGGGAACUUUGUGCAACUAAGAAGCAUAUUAGGAGAUGACUUCUUUGCCUCAGAUGUGGAGAGUUUUUUGAUAGAGAAUGGCAUUAUAUCCGACGAAGAAGAACAAUCUUCUCUUCAAGCAAGAAAAAUGAUCGCAACAGAUCAAGAUGAAGAUAGCGAUUUGGACUUGGACUAAAUAGAAGGGAAAUGAGUUAUGCGAUAUGCAAGAGGAAAAAUGAAGGGAUCUUUUUAUUACAGACGGGUGCAUGAUUCACUCUACUGUAAAAUGUUAUUCAAAAAUUCAACAGAGAACAACCAGCCCUCACUAUAUACCAUUAUUAUAAGGACAUAUUCUUUGCAACUAAGGCAAGUCGAAAAAUUAUCAACCAAACCCAAUGUACAGAACAUGACAACAACCUUGUACAUUAGGGCCCACUAUCAUUUGUUACACUCUUACACCCUUUUUUUACAAGAACGUUUUAUUAUAAGAACGUCAAGCCUGAGAUUUCAACAAAUUUUAAGAACAUGCUAAGAACAUGCCGAGGAUCAGAUACCAGAAAUUAUUUAUUUUAGUCUUGAUGCGUUCUAAAAUGCAGAAUCAAUUUGUGCUCAUAAUAACAACCUUAUUAUUGCUAUAGAUCAUUAGUGUAAUUCUCUUCCUAAUAAUUCGUUGGGCAUUAUAUUCUUAUUCACACUAAAAUUUAAGAACGUCGUUCAGGCUCAGCUUCAACGGAAAAUUAGACGUUCUUAUAUAAAAAAAGAGUGUAUAGAGAUAGAGACGACCAUCAUAUCCACAUAGCUUAUAGGUGAAUAGAAUAAGUGUUUGUUUUGAUGGUCAGAGACCUAAUAACAAGUUUAUUCUGCAUAGCAGGCGCUAAGAGUAAAGUAAAUAUUAAGUCCUUUCUUCCUUUUACCAAAACGUAGAAAGAAACCACCGGACAGCCUCUAUCUGCUUGUGCGUCGGACCUUGUGGUCUGCGUCGACAGCUGACUAUUAAAUAAAACCUUUGAAAGAAAGCAACAACGACAAUAACGCAGAAAUGUUUUUUUUAAACGAUAUUUUGGCAGGCCAAUACUUGUCUUCUUCAGGUUAUAAUGAGUUACAGUGGCAUGUAACAACUAGUAUAUGUACAAAGUAUGCCACUUCAGCUCAAUUGGCCUGCUGAAAUAUAAUUAAAAACAACAACUCUGCGUUGUUGUCGACUUUUUCUUUUAAAGUUUUAUUCCUUUCCACCUUGUACGUGCUACGCACUACGUCUAUUAUUCAUGCUAGUCUUCCGAUAUAUAACUUCUCUGAUGUCUCUGUUUUCUGAUGGUUUACCUUUUUCUGUUCUGUUCUUCUGGUGGCGUACCUCUGCAUCCGAAAUAUCGGGGGACAUGAUACAGAAAUCGUUAGAAAAAUAUUGGGGGCCCGGCCACGCCCCUCUUCUGGCCAUUUCCUUAUAAUUAAAUAUUGCUACGGCCCUGUGGAACUAUGUCAUGCUUAAAUCUAAAUACGUACUUAGUUAUAGAGAUCAUACUUAAAGGCGCUGACAGAGAGUCUAUUAUUUUAAACAAAGAUUUUUGCGAAUCAUGGUGGUCGUACCCAGGCCAGGCAAUAAUAUGGUAUAAAAUAUAUUACAAUAAUAAAACGGAAAUUUAUUAUA